AUGCAACUGUCGCUCAUAGCCCUAGGCGUGGCCCUCAUCGGCUUCGCCGUCUAUCAUCUCGUGAGGGAGUAUAGACACAUCAACAACAAGAAGAAGAUCCCUGGUCCGACACUACUACCAUUCAUCGGGCGUAUCCACGAUCUUCCCAUCGACUUCAUGUGGCUCAAGUUUCAAGAAUGGGCACAGCAGUACAGCGGGGAGAAUGGGUUCUACAUGACGGAAAUGCUGGGCUCCAAGUUCCUGGUCAUCACGGACGAGAAGGUGGCAGAGGAACUCCUGAUCAAGCGAGCGAGGUACAACUCGGAUCGGCCAGUUAUAAGAUCGCUGUUCGACUCUAAGAGUACUCACGGGUCUGGGGAGUAUUUACCAUUGAUGGGAAAGAACAAGUACUGGGCUCGUCAGCGCAAGCUCACACAUGGAUACUUGACGGAGGCGAGCAAUGAACACUACUACGGAGUCAUGUACCACGAGUCGAAACGAUGGAUGGCAAGGUUGAUCGAGAAUCCCGACGAUUUUCGGUUUUCCCUUGAGGAUAUGGCAUCGAAAGUCAUGUGUCAGCUGACGUGGGACGAUCCAAGUCUCAGCGAGUACUGCACCAAGAGUGCAUGGGGGUUGCUAACGCAAAUGUCACCCGCCGGUCCUCUCACCAACGUCCUGACGCCCCUGUGGCAUCUCCCUCUCCCGCUCAACCCAUGGAAGCGAGCUGAGUACAAGCGCCACGACGAGCAGCAGGCCUGGUGGAUGGAACGGUUGCUCACGACUUCCGACAAGAUGGACCGUGGACAACAGCGACCAUGCUUCACACGGAAGUAUCUCGAGACGGGACACAAUCGUUCCAAACUCGAUGGCGACCACGAGGCAUCCUCCGUCAUUGGCAUGAUGGCACUUGUCGGUAUUUUCACCGUGGCUGGUCCAUUGUCGUACUGGCUGGUUUCCAUGGUGCACCACCCCCACUGGCAAGCUUCUGUGCAGAAGGAGAUCGAUGAUAACUGUAAGGGGCGGAUGCCGACGCUUGAGGACACGCCGAAGUUGCCCAUCUUGAGAGCUUGCAUCAAGGAAACAAUGCGCUGGAAACCGAACGUCCCUACUGGAGUCGCACAUGAGAUGGAAGCCGACGACGUGUACCGAGGAUACUUCCUCCCCAAGGGCACGAGAAUCCUUCCUCUCGAUUGGGCGUUUAUGCGGAACGCGGAGAAGUACCCCGACCCAGAGAACUUCCGCCCAGAGCGGUGGCUGGAUCCCGGCUGGCCAACGUACCGAGAGCCUCUCACCGAGUACCCGACAAUCAAGGGUAUGACGUCCUUCGGCUUCGGUCAGCGCCAAUGUCUUGGCCAGACGGUCACGCAAGACGAGUUGAUUGUUGCCUGCGGCGCGUUGAGCUGGUGCUUCAACCUCAAGCCCAAGCAAGACCCGAUUACCGGCUACGACCUUCCGGUUCCCCUUGACAAGUCCAACUCCCUACUCAUCAUCAAGCCCGACCCGUUCCAGAUGGCAUUCGAGCCACGCAACGAGGCCCGAAAGCAGGAGGCUCUCCGUCUGUGGGCCGUGUCAGACGCUCAAGAUCAGCGAGAACGAGCGGCGUUCGCCAAGGGUGCUGAAGCUGAAAAGCUCUCUGAUGUUUAUGAAGCAGUUGACAUGAGCUACGUGCCCGAGAAAGAAGCUGUGCUGGUGAAAGCCAAUGAGAUCCAGAAAGACGAGAUCUUGUGCACUUCGAUUGGCAACGUAGAGGUGGAGGUGAAGGUGGCGGUUGGUGCUUAG